GUUGGAGGGCAAGACCAGAUUGCCAAGCCUCGGUGUUUAGGGCUGGGCCUAGGGCUCUCGAUCUUUGAGCCUUCUGCUUGCGAGCUACUAGAAUUCUCAGAGGUGUUGAUCUGAGCUGCAGAUUGAUUACUUCACAGCAUUGUAACUACUCGGUUUGAAUACAAUUUUAAGAAGUAAAUUGCGUUUGUCAAGGUCAGAGAAAGCAUCUUUCGUGGCGUAGCUGACACCAAGCUUGACCUUAAGUCCCAAUUGGUGCGGUCUAGAUUCCAAGUGCUCACAAAGAGGAGAGGGUGACCACCAGCAUCCAGCUAAUCUAUAUCUAUAUUGCUCCCGUGAAUUUGCCCCAAGCUUGUGCUGAGCGACUUUCCAAUGCCGCCGGCGUUUGAGCCCGCUGUGGGGGUGCCCAACGGGGCAGCCCCGCCCCCCCAGAUCGUGGAACCAAUUGUAUAUGUGAACGGGAAGCGAAGGGUCUUGCCCGAUGGCUAUGCAGAAACCACUUUGCUGGAGUAUCUGCGAGAGAUCGGCCUCGUGGGCACCAAGCUUGGGUGCGGCGAGGGGGGGUGCGGGGCCUGCACUGUCAUGGUGUCGCACUUUGACCCCCUGGAAAAGAAGAUCGUGCACCGGUCCGUGAACGCGUGCCUCGCCCCGCUCUACUCCGUGGAAGGCAUGCAUGUGGUUACCGUGGAGGGGAUUGGGAACCGACGCGACGGGCUUCACCCUGUGCAGGAGCGUCUGGCGCACGCCCACGGCUCUCAGUGUGGUUUCUGCACCCCCGGUUUCGUCAUGUCCAUGUACACACUCCUGCGCUCGUCCACCGACCCCCCCACACAAGAAGAAAUCGAGGAGAACCUGGCCGGAAACCUGUGCCGCUGCACGGGGUAUCGCCCGAUCGUCGACGCCUUCCGCGCCUUCGCAAAGAAAGAGGCGCAGGCGCAUACGCAUGACAGCCUGGCAGCCAACGGUGCGCACCCCCCUGCAAAUGGAACCGCCGAGGGGGGGAUGAUUUGUCCUUCCACCGGGCAGCCGUGCGGGUGUGGAGCAAAGGCUGGAAGCGAAAAUGGUGUCAAAGUGGGGGGUUGUGGAAACGGUGCGUGCGCGGAGGGGGGGUGUGCGAACGGGGGGUGUGCCAAGAAUGGGGGGGAGAAGUUGCUGACGCAGGGGGAGCCGAUCUUCCCCCCCGAACUGAAAACGCGCAAGGCGCCCGCGCUGGCGUUUGGCGGGUCGAGGGGUUCGGUGUGGCACCGUCCGGCGUCGAUCAAGGAGCUUCUGGCGCUUAAGCAGCGGUUCCCCGCGGCGAAGCUCGUCGUCGGAAACACCGAAGUCGGCAUCGAGAUGCGGUUCAAGAAGCUGGCUUACCCGGUGUUAAUUGGCACCACCCACGUGGCUGAGAUGAAUGCAGUCACCGUGACCGGCGCCGGGAUCGAGUUUGGGGCGUCGGUUACGCUAACCCGCCUGAUGGAGACCUGCAAGAAGAUGGUUCAAGAGCGGCCUGGUUAUGAGACCUCCGGAUGUGCGGCGAUUGCGGAGCAGUUGAGGUGGUUUGCGGGUAACCAGAUUCGAAACGUAUCGUCGAUUGGUGGGAAUGUGGUUACGGGCAGCCCGAUCUCGGACCUUAACCCGCUUUGGAUGGCAACCGGGGCGGUGUUCAAGACAGCGUCGCUGGAGGGGAAGCCCCGAGAGGUGCCGGCCCGGAAAUUCUUCCUGGGUUACCGUAAGGUGGAUCUGGCUGCCGACGAGCUUUUGGCGUCCGUGUUCCUGCCGUGGUCGCGCAAACACGAGUACGUCAAGGAGUUCAAGCAGGCGCACCGGCGGGACGACGACAUUGCGCUCGUGAACGCGGGGAUGCGUGUGGCGUUUGAGCGCAAGGACGACCAGUGGGUGGUCAUGGAGGCCUCUCUUGCCUACGGCGGCGUCGCGGCAGUCACCCUCGCCGCGCCCAAGACCGAAGCCGCGCUCAUUGGCCAGCCCUGGACCGCCGCGACGCUCCAACUCGCCCUCAAAACCAUCCCCCAAGACAUCGUCAUUUCCGAUUCCGCUCCCGGCGGAAUGCCGGAAUUCCGCCGCUCUUUGACCACGUCCUUCUUCUUCAAGCUCUACGUUCUGCUGAGCGAGAAGCUAGAACUAGAGGCGGACGGGUUUAAGAAUGAGCUCCCGGACAGCGUCCGAAGCGCGGCACGGCCGUACGAGCGCCCAGCGUCGCGCGGCGCGCAGUACUUUGACGUGGGGGCGGAGGGCGAGGCGGUGGGGCAGCCGUUGGUGCAUGCCUCCGCGGAAACGCAGGUGACCGGCGAGGCGCAGUAUGCUGACGACAUCCCGCUCCCGGCCAACGGCCUCCACGGGGGCCUCGUCCUGAGCACCAAACCGCACGCCAAGCUGACACGUGUCGACGCCUCGGAGGCGCUCCAGAUGCCUGGAGUUGUCGGGUUCUUCUCUGCGAAAGAUGUCCCUGGGGGAAACGCGAUCGGGGCGGCGGCGCACGAUGAGGAGGUGUUUGCAACGGAGAAGGUCACGUGUGUUGGGCAGGUGAUUGGAAUCGUGGUUGCGGACACCGAGAUGCACGCUAAGCUGGCGGCGUUCAAAGUCAAGGUCGAGUACGAGGAGCUUCCUGCGAUCAUCGACCUGCACCAGGCGAUCGAGGUCAAGAGCUUCAUCAAGGGGACCGAGCGGACGCUCAAGCAAGGAGACGUCGAUGCGUGUUUCGCCAGCGGCGAAUGCUACAAAGUUUGCGAAGGGGAAGUGCGCAUGGGCGGCCAGGAACACUUUUACCUGGAGCCCAACUCGUGCCUGUGUCUCCCGGGGGAGGCCGCCGAGGAGAUGACCGUUAUAUCGUCGACGCAAGCACCAACGCACACGCAGCAGGACGUCGCGAAGGCGCUCGGCAUUGCGCAGCACAAGGUUAUCAGCAAGGCCCGUCGUAUCGGCGGCGGCUUCGGCGGUAAAGAGACCCGCACGGCUUUCAUUUCGUGCGCCGCCGCGAUCGCUGCAUAUUGGUUGAAGCGGGCCGUCAGAGUGACGCUAGACCGCGACCAGGACAUGGCGAUCACUGGGCAACGUCACGCCUUCGUCGGCAAGUACAAGGUCGGCUUCACCAAGGAAGGCAAGAUUCUGGCCCUCGACGUCGACCUCUACAACAACGGCGGCAACUCGCUCGACCUGUCGCUCCCUGUUCUCGAGCGCGCGAUCUACCAUUCCGAGAACGCGUACCAGAUCCCGAACAUGCGCAUUCACGGCUGGGUAUGCUUCAGCAACAAGCCGACCAACACCGCUUUCCGCGGGUUCGGCGGGCCGCAGGGGAUGCUCGUCGUCGAGAGUUGGAUCGAGCACGUGGCGCGGGAGGUUGGAAAGAGCACCACAGAAGUGCAGGAGCUGAACAUGGAGAAAGAAGGUGACGUCACCUACUUCGGGCAGACGCUCGAGAACUCGACGAUGCGGCGCAUCUGGGCGGAGCUCAAAGCGUCCUCCAAGCAUGACGAGACCCGCGCGGCCGUCGACGCGUUCAACGCCGCGAACCGGUACCGCAAGCGGGGGCUCGCAAUCGUGCCGACACGGUUUGGGAUCAGCUUUACCGCCAAGUUCAUGAACCAGGCGGGUGCGCUCGUCCACGUGUACACGGACGGAACGGUUCUGGUGACGCACGGCGGAAUCGAGAUGGGGCAGGGCCUGCACACCAAGAUGGCCCAAGUGGCCGCCACCGCGUUUGGCAUCCCGGUUAGCAGCGUCUUCAUCCAGGAGACCAGCACCGACAAGGUCCCCAACACCUCCCCCACCGCCGCCUCCGCUUCUUCCGACCUGUACGGCGGUGCAGUACACAACGCGUGUGAGCAGAUCUUGGCACGCAUGGCGCCCAUGAAGGAAAAGCUGCCGCCCGAGACGUCGUUCGCCAAGCUGGCGGCCGCGUGCUACUUCGAGCGCAUCGACCUCUCGGCGCACGGUUUCUACCGCACGCCCGAUCUGCACUUCGACUUCGCCACCGGAAAGGGCCGUCCGUUCAACUACUUCACGUACGGCGCCGCUGCAUCUGAAGUCGAGAUCGACACGCUGACCGGAGACAUGACCGUGCGCAAGACGGAUAUCGUCAUGGACCUCGGCAGGUCGCUCAACCCGGCCAUCGAUAUUGGGCAGAUCGAGGGCGCGUACGUCCAGGGGCUGGGGUGGUGCGUCAUCGAGGAGCUGAAGUGGGGCGACGCCGCGCACCCCUGGGUGCGUCCGGGGCACCUAUUCACACAGGGCCCCGGCACUUACAAGCUGCCCACUGUGAAUGACAUCCCGAUCGACUUCCAGGUCGCGCUGCUCAAGGGCGCAACGAACCCGCGCGCGAUCCACUCGUCCAAGGCGGUGGGCGAGCCCCCGCUGUUUUUGGCGGCAUCCGCCUUUUUCGCGAUCAAGGACGCGAUCACGAGCGCGCGCCACGACGCGGGGCACGACGAGCACUUUGUAUUGGACUCGCCCGCGACGCCCGAGAGGAUUCGUAUGGCGUGCGUCGAUGAAUUCACGGCGCCGUUUGCGCCAGCGGACUUGCGGCCCAAGCUCAGCGUGUGAAGGGGCUGAGAACCGAGAGGAUCCGCAUGGCGUUUCGUUGACGAGUUUUGGUGCCGGCGGUCUUCCCGCCGAAGCGGAGCAUCUGAGGAGGAUGGAACGGGGUUGGGAUUGUUGAUUCGAGGAGGUACUGAAGAGUAGUUCUGAUGGUGGUGAUCUGUAUAGUAUGCGUUUAAUCACGUUAUUGUAUGUACGUCGUGCGAAGGGACAGGGAGGUACAGAUGGGUAUGAGAGGUGAAGGGAGGUCGUGUGGAUAUACAUGAAUUACGGGCCGCUAGUUACUUGGGUGAUUUUGGCCCGCUUUAAAUCGGUCGUUGGUAAACGGACCAAGUUACGAGCACAUGCAGUGCAUAUGCCGGGUGGCAAGUACGGUCGAAAUCGAUUGUCGGACCAAUAAUAAGCGUUGAUUAAGGUUCCGCAGCAAGUUUAACGAAGGGACUAUGUAGCAGACUUUGAGCUCUUACUUAACAACGUUAAGCAGACUUUCUGUAUUGUUUACCUAGGCAUCAAUGUCUUCUCAAAAUGUGCGGUGUGUAUCGCUGAAAUCGAC